GGGUUGAAAACGGGUGGUGAAGGAGGAGAAGGCUCGUGGGACCGUCUGUCUCGGGACGGGCUGGCCAACUGGGGCGCGGAACCCAGAAAAGAAGGCAGCGGCAGCGGCAGCAGCAGUGGCAGCGGCAGCGGCGGCGGCAGCGGCAGCGGCAGCAGCAGCUACGUUCAGAGCAGUAGCAGCAGGAGCAGAAACAAGUACCAGCCAAACAGCGGCUCCUCUCGCCCAAGCAGCCACAGUCCCCGGCCGCGAUGGCGCUGCAAAGCUCAGCGAGCAAGGAAGCCAAGGGGCCCUGGCAGAAGGCAGACCAUGAGCAAGAAAAGCCGGAGGGUAGUCAAGAGUCAGGGCCCGAGCUUGAGCCUCAGCCUGAACCAGUGCCUGUGCCAGUGCCCCCAUCAGAGCCCCAGCCCCUACGGGACCCCGCACCUCUGCGGGAGCUAGAGUUUGAGCCAGAGUCGGUGCAUGAACCCGAUCCCACGCCCACAGUAGAGACCCGUGGCACGAUGCGUGGCUUCGAGCCUCCCGAAGGUGGCUUCGGUUGGAUGGUCGUGUUUGCAGCCACCUGGUGCAACGGCUCCAUCUUCGGUAUCCAUAACUCUGUUGGGAUCCUCUACUCCAUGCUGCUAGAAGAAGAAAAAGAGAAAAAUCGCCAAGUGGAGUUCCAAGCAGCAUGGGUAGGAGCUCUUGCCAUGGGCAUGAUCUUCUUCUGUUCUCCCAUUGUGAGUAUAUUCACUGACCGUUUGGGCUGCCGAAUCACAGCAACUGUAGGAGCUGCCGUUGCUUUCAUUGGCCUUCACACCAGCUCUUUCACCAGUUCUCUAAGCCUGCGCUACUUCACCUAUGGGAUACUCUUCGGUUGUGGCUGUUCUUUUGCCUUUCAACCAUCUCUCGUCAUCCUGGGCCACUACUUCCAACGUCGCCUGGGUCUGGCCAAUGGUGUUGUGUCUGCUGGGAGUAGUAUCUUCUCCAUGUCCUUUCCCUUCCUUAUCAAGAUGUUGGGGGAUAAGAUCAAGCUGGCCCAAACCUUCCAGGUGUUGAGUACCUUCAUGUUUGUCCUUAUGCUACUUUCACUCACGUACCGGCCCCUCUUGCCCAGCUCCCAAGACACCCCAAGCAAGAGAGGUGUCCACACCUGGCACCAGCGCUUUCUGGCUCAGCUCAGGAAGUACUUCAACAUGCGAGUAUUUCGCCAACGUACCUACCGCAUCUGGGCCUUCGGGAUUGCUGCUGCAGCCCUUGGCUACUUCGUUCCCUAUGUACACCUGAUGAAGUAUGUGGAAGAGGAGUUCUUGGAAAUCAAGGAGACCUGGGUACUCUUGGUGUGUAUUGGGGCUACCUCAGGACUCGGGCGACUUGUGUCAGGCCAUAUCAGUGACUCCAUUCCUGGACUUAAAAAGAUCUACUUACAGGUCCUCUCCUUCCUGCUCCUGGGCCUGAUGUCUAUGAUGAUUCCCCUGUGCCGGGACUUCUGGGGCCUCAUCGUUGUCUGCCUCUUCCUGGGCCUGUGUGAUGGAUUCUUCAUCACCAUCAUGGCCCCCAUUGCAUUUGAGCUAGUGGGCCCAAUGCAGGCUUCACAGGCCAUUGGCUACCUCCUAGGCAUGAUGGCCCUACCAAUGAUUGCUGGGCCUCCCAUUGCAGGCCUCCUCCGCAACUGUUUUGGAGACUACCAUGUGGCCUUCUACUUUGCCGGUGUGCCCCCCAUCAUUGGGGCUAUAAUCCUCUUUUUUGUCCCUCUGAUGCAUCAAAGAAUGUUCAAGAAAGAGCAGAGGGAUUCCAGCAAGGACAAGAUGUUGGUCCCUGAUCCAGACCCCAAUGGGGAGCUACUGCCGGGCUCCCCCACCCCUGAGGAACCUAUCUAAUGCCUUUUUUUAAUAUUGUGUGCUCCACCCAGCCCUUCUUCUUCAUUCCACCCUGUUCAGCAUUUACAUACCAGCACACUUGUCCCCAAACCCGUGCACAUACAUUUUAGCUAUCCCCUUGGAGCCAAAGCUCUAGGUGUUCCACAUUCAACCAAAUUCUCCCCAUGAAUGCCUUUAAACUUCCCAGAGCCCAUCUUCCACUAUCUGGGCAAGCUUAGGCUCACCUUCUGGGCCUUUGGAAUUUCUCCAUAUACUUUCUGACCCCUGAGGAGGAGGGUGCAGCCUCCUGGCCCUAGCUUGUUAUUCUCUCUAUAAAAUCAAGGGCCAAAGGUGCUACUGCACACCCCCCAGGAGCCUAGUGGGGGAUAUCCAAAUUUUCAUUUGUUGAAGAAUCCAUUCCCAUUCCUGCUUGGGAAUCAUUUGGGGUAGGGAUAGGGGGGCAAAAAUGAUACAAGUAGCCCCGGUUAACAUCAGAGUCCUGAUGGCUGUGGCUUCCCAAGAGCUGUGUACAGGGAGUAUUCUCAUGUUAUUAUUGUUUAAAGUCUGCUUCUAUCUUCUUUUUAUUUCUCCUUUAUUGCCUCUUCUCUAUUCUCUUUCCAUUCUAUUUCUUUUUAUGCCUGCCAUAGACACAUAGGUGCUUGGAGAAAAGGAAAGACUCAGAGUAAUUAGCCUCAUCUUGGCCCAGUACAUUCCUAGCACUAACAUUAACCUCACUCAUUUCAGGGUGAGCCACAUCUCACUUUUGGGCUCAGAGUGAAAUAUCACAUGAAGAGGGGACCUUAAACAAUAUAAAGUUCCAUGUUCCACACAUUGGUUUUUUACAGAUUUCCAAAAUCAAUGCAUUAGCCUUAAAGCCUCCCCAUUGCCCCAACUUCAUUGCUACCUGUCAAACUAUGAAGAAAUCCUUUCACCUCAGUAAGAAAAGAACUGGUGACAGUGAGCUGCCGUGGGUAGAUAUAGUGGUUGUUAACAUGGUGGAGUACUCUUUCAGAGAAUUUUCAUGACAGGUCAAUAUUUCCACCUAGGCCAAGCUAUGAAAUGGACUUUUUCAGGAAAAAGCCCAUUCUGACCCUAGAUCCAAACUUUAUACAGGCAGCAACCACAUGUAGGAUUGGACAGUUUCUUUUAAGUAGGGAACACCUCCUUAAGCUUUGUCCCUGAGCAUGUUCCUCCAUGCUGUUUAGUGUGUAUUAAAAGUGCCAGAGAAGAUAAACUCUAGACCACCUUCAACCAUCUGAAGUACAUGCCAGAUGCAUUUCCAGGCUCUAGACAAGUCUUAAUGAAGAACAUUCCAAGUAUCCCCAGUGAGGGGCAAAAAGGCACUGCCAGGCUGUGUUCAGCUAGCACAACUUACCUCACCCCUCUCUCUCUCUCUCUCUCUCUCUCUCUCUCUCUCUCUCUCUCUCUCUCUCUCCUUAUUUUGUCUUUGUGUCUCUUUCUUCACCCUCUGGGCUUUCAUCAUUCUGUUACUAUCUCCCAACCUUUUAUCAACUUUUUUCCAGGAAUUCCCAGCUAUCAUAUAGAGUCAACAGUAAAUUGCCACCCCAAACCAGGGUCAUUCUGGGGCCAGGAGGAUGAGGUUUCCCAACAAGUUUCCAAAAAACACAGUAAUUCUUGCACAUGAGUUUUUCCAUUACAAAUAGGCAGCUGAGGCAUAUUUGGCCUUUUAUGGUUUCAUUCAAGACCAAAGUCAUGAGUCCUCCUCCACUGGUCCAACUCCAGCUCUUACCAACUCUCCAAAAGAAAAUCCACUGAUUCUUGGUUCUAUUGAUAUGAAAGGACCUAGUUGCUAGCCUGUCUGCUAAAACAGUAGUACAGCAGGAUGAGCUGGAAUCCAGAAGCCCAUUAAUUCCCAGAAAAAAAAAAAAGCACUGAAAGUACUAGGGGAGCAACAAAACCCCUUUUCCAUUCUUCCCCAACACACCCCAUCUGAGUCACCAGAGGUCGGUUCCACGGGGCCUCUUUUGUUGAUCCUGGCUGGUUGGUUCUUAAGAAUCAGACUGCCACCUACUUCUCACCAGAUAAAGGAAACACAUUCAUGGAUUCCAAAUCUGCCCAUUCAGGUGUCGCAGGGUGUCAGUUUACUUCUUCUGCACGUGUCCAUGUGCAUGUGUGGCAUUGUGUGAUUUUGGAGAGAAUGUUGGUUGGUAAAAGCAGCACAGUAUUAAUCUUUAAAGUAGGAUUCAGCCUUUUAUGCACCACAGUUACAUUUAGGAAAACGAACAAAAAUGUUAGAGCUUGAGACCUGGCACAUUUAAAUCCUCAAGGGGUUUGGAACAAAAUAAACAGAUCUAAAAGUC